GUGAAUUCAUUACGAGAAUAUUCUUUCUCUCGAUAUAUCUUUGCCAAUGUUUUUAUAUGAAAAACAAUAUAUAAUUUAUGAACAAUUGUUGUAUUUUUUCAAUAUUCAACUAAUGUCUGCAACCGUUUGAAUUGAGACACAAACACAAUGCCUGAGAGUAAAGAGAUCGGGCGAAUAGGGGGCGGAAUGUUCAUAUUGAUCUUGAUCAUAUUGUUUUUCGCCGCCCACGGGGGCUCUAAUGAGAUGAUGUACCUAACGUUGGGUUUCGUGUUCAUUAUAAUAGCGUUGUUUUCAUACGGAUUCUGGUCGGCAGUCAAUAAGGGAGAA